AUGGCCCUGGGGAGCGGCACCUGCGGGCCCUGGGGGGUCCCCGUGCGUGGAGGAACAAAAGCGAAGCGCACGACGGUGCGUGGAGAUGAGACCCGUUUGGCCACGAGCACGGCCUCGUAUCCGUUAAACCCACCUGUGCGAGAUUCCCAGCUUAGAGCAGUGCUCCAGACUCCUGGGACAGCUGGCUCCCGAGGUGAGCGGCGUGCCUUUGUGUUGGGCAGCAGCGGCCUCACCUGCAGAAACCCACCCGUGCAUGAUUGGCAGGUGGAUUUGGUUUUGCUUUUUCAGAGAAACUUGGUAAAAGUGAAGUACCAGGGUUGUGUAUUUCUGGGACUGUUGCUCCUGGAAGGUGUCGGUACCACUUUCAGUAUAGGAAAGACUGAAGACCACAUAGCUUCAGAACCCAGGAUUAAAAAACUGGAACCAGUACUUUUGCCAGGUGAAAUUGUGGUAAAUGAAGUCAAUUUCGUGAGAAAAUGCAUCGCAACGGAUACAAGUCAGUAUGACCUGUGGGGCAAACUGGUUUGCACUAACUUCAAGAUUUCCUUUAUUACGGAUGACCCAAUGCCACUACAGAAAUUCCAUUACAAAAACCUUCUUCUUGGUGAACAUGAUGUUCCUCUGACAUGCAUUGAGCAGAUUGUCACAGUGAAUGAUACCAAGAGGAAACAGAAAGUCCUUGGUCCCAACCAGAAACUUAAAUUUAAUCCAACUGAAUUAAUCAUUUAUUGCAAAGAUUUUCGUAUUGUCAGAUUUCGUUUUGAUGAAGCAGGUCCUGAAAGUGCAAAAAAGGUGUGCCUUGCAAUAGCUCAUUAUUCUCAGCCAACGGAUCUCCAGCUUCUCUUUGCAUUUGAGUAUGUUGGGGAAAUAUAUCAUAACCCAGCAAAGAAGGUGAAUGGAGUAGACCCAGGAGGCGGUGGAGGCAGCGGUGGUGGCAUCAGCAGUGCCAGUGGUCUGCAGACACCUUUGUUUGAAACUUACUCUGAUUGGGAUAGAGAAAUCAAAAGGACGGGUGCAUCAGAGUGGAGAGUUUGUUCAGUCAAUGAAGGUUACAUGAUAUCUACUUGCCUUCCAGAAUAUUUUGUGGUCCCUUCUUCCUUAGCAGAUCAAGACCUUAAGCUCUACUCCCACUCUUUUAUUGGGAGACGAAUGCCAUUAUGGUCCUGGAAUCAUCCCAAUGGGAGUGCCCUUGUAAGAAUGGCCCACAUUAAGGAUGUGCUGCAACAAAGAAGAAUUGAUCAAAGGAUUUGUAAUGCAAUAACUCGAAGCCAUCCCCUGAGAAGUGACAUCUACAAAUCUGAUCUGGACAAGUGUCUCCCCAACAUCCAGGAAAUCCAGGCUGCGCAUGUCAAACUCAAACAGCUGUGUGUUAACGAGCCCUUCGAAGAAACAGAAGAGAAGUGGCUGUCCUCACUGGAAAAUACUCGCUGGCUAGAGUAUAUCAGAUCAUUUCUUAAGCAUUCUGCUGAGCUUGUAUAUAUGAUGGAGUGUAAGCAUGUUUCUGUAGUUCUACAAGAGGAAGAGGGACGGGACCUGAGCUGCCUUGCUGCUUCUCUCGUUCAAGUCAUGCUGGAUCCCUAUUUUCGAACGAUUGUUGGAUUUCAAAGCUUGAUACAGAAGGAAUGGGUCAUGGCAGGAUAUCAGUUUUUAGAUAGGUGUAACCACUUAAAGAGAUCUGACAAAGAGUCCCCUUUGUUCUUGAUGUUUCUCGACUGUGUUUGGCAGCUGCUAGAACAGUACCCAGCAGCCUUUGAGUUUUCUGAAAUGUACUUGACGAUACUGUACGACAGUGCACGUAUCUCACUGUUUGGCACUUUCCUUUUCAACUGUCCUCAUCAACGAGUAAAGGAAAGCACUGAAUUCGCUAUAAGCAAAAAUAUUCAGCUGGGUGAUGAGAAGGGCCUCAGAUUUCCUUGUGUUUGGGACUGGUCUCUUCAGUUUACAAGCAGGGAUCGCCUGCUCUUUCACAACCCUUUGUACAUUGGGAAAAGCGCACCGUGUGUACAGAACGGAGCAGUGAAAACUUUCAAGCGCUCAAAGAAAAACUACAGCUCGACAUUGCGAGGUGUCCCCCCAGCAUUAAAAAACGGAAUCAUCAGUGAGCAGGAGUUCCUUCCAAGAAGAAACUCUCUGAUACUGAAACUGAAACCAGACCUCUUACAGCAAACAGAGAGUCAGAGUAACAAUAUGGAACAGUACUUCAGAGACUGGUUUGCAAAGCCUGUUGAUUUGCACGGCGUAAUUCUGCCCCACAUCUCUGGAACACAAAUAAAACUCUGGAAACUCUGCUACUUCCGCUGGGUUCCCGAGGCCCAGAUUAAUCAUGGCGGCUUCAUUGCUGCUUUCCAUAAAGUCUCUUUGCUGGCAGAUGAAGUAGACAUGUUAAACCGGAACCUUCGACAGUGCAAAAGCAACUCUCCUUUGCAAGGUAACUGCUCAGAACUGGAUCAAGGCAGGAUGUACUUCAGAGCAAAUGGUUUAAACGACACCUCUGGGGCCCCAGACUUUCUCUCCUCCUCAUUCCCAUUUUCACCUGUAGGGAACCUAUGCAGACGGAGCAUUCUGGGAACGCCUUUAAGCAAGUUCUUAAGUGGUGCCAAAAUCUGGCUAUCCACUGAGACACUUGCAAACGAAGACUAAGAUGAUGUGAUGGCCUACAGGUCCAGGGAGGCUACAGCAUAUCGUUUUGUCUUUUCUAAUUUAACACUGCUAAAGGCAGCCUUGAAAGCUGUAAUAAUUUUUAUAUACAAACAUUACGUAAGUUUUGCACAAAUAUUUAAAAGCAAAGCGAGUCAGGCUUCAAAUCGCACAAUUUUGUCUUCAGUAGUUCUCAACCAUGUCUUGUCUGGUUUCUGGUCCCUACUUCUUUCCGUGUCUGGGGGGUUUGACUCUAUAUGAGAUGGAGCAUUUCUAAUGAAUGCCGAUGCUAAUUGAAAGGUUUGGUGUGGUUGUUAAUGAGGGUUGUUUGAAAUACCUGUUUUCCCAGAUAGUUUGUGUUCACUCAGUGAUAACUGAACUCUGAGCACAAACUCUUCUCUCAGAUUUGCUUUCCAGGCAGAAAACAGAUACUGAUGUCCUGUGACUGGAUCCAGCCUUCAUAUGUGUUAAUGUAGUGUGCAUCCAUGGAGGAGGUGUUCCUUUUCCUUUCUCCCCAAAAUGCAUCCAUUAGCAAUCAGAUUUUUGCUCUUUGUCAUGAGCUUGCCUUUAGGCUAUAGGAAUCAACUUCAGGACAAUGCACUGUUAACCUUAAACCAUUUACUGUACAUAGAUAAUGUAGUAGCUUUAGAAGUGCCUUUAAUCAGGAGGAAAAAGUAGCAGGAUUUACUCUAAUGCAGCUACCUGCCUUCCCCCCCCUUUUUUUUUUUUUUAACAGCAGAUUGUUAAGGUAAGUUCUGGUUCCUUCCUCUGCCUUCCCCUUUCCUUUUGUGGAAAUAAGAGAAGGCUAUAGCUCAGGAGACAACAGGUUGUUCCUCUCAAAGGUUAAGCUCAUUUUUUUUAAGUCUCAUGAGAGCCUCUUUUUUUUGAUUUCAGCACCUCAGCUAUUCAGUGCUAUUAGGCACAGAUCCCUCUCAUACCCAGUUCCAGGCUGCAACACACUUCAACCCUAGCACGUUCUGGAACAGAGGCUGGGCUGUGAGAGGCCGCAUCUGUGAGAGGUGCUCAUGCUCCAUGUGAGCAGGGCUGGGAGAACAGUGAUCAGCAGUGCCUUCUUUUUUACCUACUAGUAGCCCACGGGGACAAUGCAGUGGACAAGCACAGCUCUUAAACCUUUUCCUUGUCACUCUGCUGGAUGCUGCGUGAGACAAACAAGAGAGGGUGAAGUAUAUGGGGGCAGGAGGGCAGUAGAGUGCAUCAUCAUCCCAAGUGAAGGCAUGGGUGGAGGACAAGAGAAUACUUCUGUGGAGUAUGUUCUCUUAUUAGUGAGUCUCUUAUAGUACCUGAUCUCUGUAAAAUGCAGAAGCUAUUAAAGCAGUGCUGAGCCUUACUGACCAGGUAAGGCUCUGACUGCCUUGUAAUCAAGCUGUUCCCAGUUACUAGGAAAAAAAAAAAA